UGUAGGCCCUUUGCAAGCCUAUCCAAGCAGGGAGGAAGCCGCCCUAAAUAUUAUGAACGGUGAGCCUCCACAGGUUUGGGUGCAGUUCGUCGACAUCACCUCUGAGCUGCCCAAGUUGGUAUCUUUAAAUCUAAACGGAGUAGAGCUGUGUUCCAGUGCACCAUACGGUUUACCCAAGACCAGAGUUACAGUGAAGCACCAUAUGUUCAUUACCACAAAACAGAGACGCAUUAACCCUACUACGGAGGUGACUCAGCCACUAUAUCAAGAAAGACCCCAAACUUAUGGAAAAUAUUUGCAAAUUUAAAUUUUCAGAAUCGCAAAAGUGCUGUAAAAAAUA